UCAAUACAUACAGCGAUGCUUCACCCAAGUCCGUGUGGCAACCGCUAUGAGCUUACUAGUCCGACCGCCAUGCCAAAGGCAGACGGCUUCUUGUGGAACCAGAAGAUGAUGAUUCAAAUCACCUGUCGGGGCUACGCAACUUCUCAAUUCAUGCAACCAGAACCAGCCAAGUACGCGCAUGCACCUAAUCUCGAAAGCAAGACGUUCAUGCAACCCGAACAAAGCUACUACGCGCACCAUCCAGGACGGUUUGUGUAUAUCAAGGAUGAGGGAACGGGCCAGCUGUUCUCUGCGCCAUAUGAACCAGUACGCGCGCCAGUGGACAGAUUCGUGUUUUCGGUUGGCAAGAGCGAUAUCAAGUGGACGGUGGAGUAUCUGGGCAUCAAGGUUGAAAUGAUCUUGGGCCUGCCUAUUCACGAUUUAGCAGAGCUAUGGACCCUCAAAGUCACAAACCUAUCUAAUCGUCCACGCAAAAUCAGUGUCUAUCCUUACUUUCCAAUCGGCAACAUGUCGUGGAUGAACCAGUCCGCCGAAUACGACGAGAAGCUAGGCGGGGUGGUAGCUAGCAGCGUGACGCCGUACCAGAAAGCGGAAGACUACUUCAAGAACAAGUACCUGAAAGAUAAAACGUACUUCCUCUGCGAGACACCCCCGGAUUCUUGGGAAGCCAGACAGCAGGCAUUCGAGGGUGAAGGUGGCCUACAUGCUCCCUCGGCACUGAUGGAGUCGGAAUUAGGAGGCAGCGAUGCACGUUACGAAACUCCUGCAGCUGCGGUGCAGUACCGUGUAGAGUUGAAAGCGGAUGAGGAGCGCGAAUACCGUUUUCUGUUUGGUCCUGCCUUUGAUGAAGGUGAAAUCAGGACUAUGCGGGAGACUUAUCUGAGCAAGAACGCCUUUGCACAAGCUGCGCUCGACUAUUCAGAUUAUAUUGAAAAAGGAAGUGGUUGUCUGAAAGUCGACACGCCAGACAAGGCUCUAGAUAAUUUCGUCAAUGAGUGGUUACCGCGUCAAGUGUACUAUCAUGGUGACGUUAACCGUCUAACAACCGAUCCCCAAACACGCAAUUAUCUUCAAGACAACAUGGGCAUGAGUUUUAUCAAGCCCGAAGUGGCGCGAAAAGCAUUUCUCAUUGCCCUUGGUCAGCAAGAAGCCAGUGGAGCUAUGCCAGACGGAAUCCUGCUCACCGAAGAAGCAGAGUUGAAGUACAUCAAUCAGGUGCCACAUACAGAUCAUUGCGUGUGGCUUCCGGUGACUCUAGAUGUAUAUCUGGCCGAGACAGCAGACUACGGCCUCUUGCAAGAAAGGUUGCCGGAAGUCCAUGGGAAAUCCUAUACCGUAUUCGAAGGGUUCAGUAGAGCAAUGGACUGGCUGCUCUCCGCGCGCGACGAGCGAGGUUUAAGCUAUAUUGCUCAAGGAGAUUGGUGUGACCCGAUGAACAUGGUAGGCUACAAAGGCAAAGGCGUCUCGGCCUGGCUGACGGUAGCUACAGCCUAUGCGCUGAACCUCUGGGCUGGUAUUUGCGAACACCAUGGAAAGUCUGAACUGGCAGAACAAUAUCGUGCGGGUGCAAAGGAAGUCAACGAGGCUGCAAACCAGUACUUUUGGGACGGCGAGUGGUUCUCGCGUGGAAUCACAGACGACGACGUGGUGUUUGGGACUCAGAAAGAUGGCGAAGGGCGUAUCUGGCUGAAUCCACAGGCCUGGUCUAUUCUGGGCGGCGCGGCUAGCGUUGAACAGCGCAAGAAGAUGCUAGCCCAGGUCGAAGAGCAGCUAUACACACCGUACGGUGUUCAGAUGUUCGCCCCGCCAUUCAGUAAAAUGCGAGAAGAUGUAGGUCGUGUAACGCAGAAGCAUCCUGGGUCUGCGGAGAAUGCCUCAGUAUAUAACCAUGCUGCAAUUUUCUACAUCUACAGCUUGUAUAGCAUCGGCGAGAGCGAGCGAGCGUACGAGCUGCUGCGCCUGAUGGUGCCCGGUCCAUCUGAGGAGGAUUACCUGCAGCGCGGUCAGCUUCCCAUCUAUAUUCCGAACUAUUACCGUGGGGCCUGGCACCAAUAUCCUCGUACAGCUGGUCGAUCUAGUCAGCUUUUCAACACCGGUACUUCACCGUGGGUCUAUCGCUGUUUCAUCGAGGGCUUGUGCGGGCUGCGUGGAGAUGCGCAUGGUCUGGUCAUCCGGCCGCAGUUGCCAUCGACUUGGAGUGGUAUCAAGGUGAAGCGUUCGUUCCGUGGAGCAGACAUUAGGGUCGAUAUCAGCCGUGGAGAUGUGAAAGACAUAGUGGUCAGGCAUGCUGGAAAGGUGUUGCCUGGAGCCCGGCUCAUCGACAUUCAGACAGGUAAGACUUAUCAUAUAUCUGUUUCUGUGCCAAGAUAG